GCUUCUUUCAACAGCAGCAACAGUUAGUCAGCCACCUCGGUAGCUUGCUAUCCAAAAUAGCUGAACCAAUAAACCUCUUUAGACGAUUUAGUUUAUAUUAGCCACUGUUUUAAACCAACUUCUGUCGUCUAGUUAGUUAUCCUAUUUAAUAUCAUAUUUACAGUGUUGUUGUUUUUAGUCAGUUAGCGGGCUGGUUAAAUUAGCAUUAGCUUAGCUAGCUAACAUCUCCAACCAUGAGUUCACUAAGCUACUGUCCUGGUAAAGAAGAGGAGGUCUGCUGGACGGAGAAUGAAGCUCUCAUCAAAGAGGAGGGAGGAGAGGCUGUUACAAUACAAAAAGUAGAUGCUGAGGCUGUUACAGUGAAAGAAGAAGAGGAAGACGUUUCAGUGAAAGAAGAGGAAGACGCGUUCAGAGUGAAAGAGGAGAAGGAAGAAGAGGCUGUUACAAUACAAAAACAAGUAGACAGUGAGGGUGUUACCGUGAAAGAAGAAGAAAAAUACGUUACAGUAAAAGAAGAGGAAGAGGAGUUCAGAGUGAAAGAGGAGGAGGAUGUUACAGUAAAAGAAGAGGCCGAGAAAGAGGAAGUUGCAGUUUUUGCAGUGAAAGAGGAGGAGGGGGAGAUUACUGUCACAUCGAAAAAGGAAGAGGAGGAAACUGGAUAUCUGGGCCCGGUUUCCCAAACUCAUCUUAAGGCAUCCAAUGGUUCUAACGAUGAACGUGCCCUGGUUUACACUCGAGAGAGACAGGACUAUCGUGGAUCAUCUGGGGAGCCUCAACAACCUCAUGAUGCUGACGAGGCAGAGAAGAGUCUCUCCAGAUCAGAACACCUCAAGAAACACCAGCAGAGACCCACAGGAAAGAAAUCUCAUUGCUGCUCUGACUGUGGGAAAUGUUGCAAAUAUUCAUCAGACCUUAAAAUACACCAGCGAGUACACACAGGAGAGAAAUCUCACCACUGUUCAGAUUGUGGGAAAAGCUUUUCAACAUCACAGAUUUUGAAGCUGCACCAGAGAACACACACAGGAGAGAAACCUCAUAGCUGUGAUCAAUGUGGGAAGAAUUUUACUCAGUCAGGCUCCCUGAAAUCACACCAGAAACUACACACAGGAGAGAAACCUUAUAGCUGUAUUCAAUGUGGGAAGAGUUUUACUACUUCUAGCAAUCUGACUAUACACCAGAGAACACACACAGGAGAGAGAUCAUUUAGUUGUAAUCAAUGUGGGAAGAGUUUUGUUCAGUCUAGCGAUCUGACAGUACACCAGAGAACACACACAGGAGAGAAACCUUUUCGCUGUGAUCAAUGCGGGAAGAGUUUUAUUACAUCUAGCUAUCUGAAUAUACACCAGCGGACACACACAGGAGAGAAAUCUUAUAGCUGUGAUCAGUGCGGUAAGAGUUUUAUUACAUCUAGCCAGCUGACUACACACCAGCGAGUACACACAGGAGAGAAAUUUCACCACUGUUCAGGUUGUGGGAAAAGCUUUUCUACAUUACAGACUUUGAAGCUGCACCAGAAAACACACACAGGAGAGAAAUCGUAUAGCUGUGAUCAAUGUGGGAAAGGUUUUAUUACAUCUAGCAAUCUGACUAUACACCAGCGAACACACACAGGAGAGAAACCUUAUAGCUGUAAUCAAUGUGGGAAGAGUUUUAAUACAUCUAGCCAUCUGACUACACACCAGCGAGUACACACAGGAGAGAAGCUUCACCACUGCUCAAAUUGUGGGAAAAGCUUUUCAACAUCACAGUCUUUGAAGCUACACCAGAGAACACACACAGGAGAGAACCCUUAUAGCUGUAUUCAAUGUGGGAAGAGUUUUACUACAUCUAGGAAUCUGACUAUAUGCCAGAGAACACAUACAGGAGAGAGGUCCUUUAGUUGUAAUCAAUGUGGGAAGAGUUUUGUUCAGUCUAGCGAUCUGACAGUACACCAGAGAACACACACAGGAGAGAAAUCUUAUAACUGUGAUCAGUGUGACAAGAGAUACUCUGAUAAAAGAUCUCUGAUCAAACAUCAGAAA